AUAUACCACAAAAUAUCUAAAUUAAAUUUCAAACUAAAACUAGCCACCAUAGACCAAAAACCUCUUAAAGUCUUUAUUAGCCCCACAUAAUAAUCUUUUUAUCACAAGAAAAAAAGUUGAAGCCAUCAAAUUAUACAAACAAAAAUACCUUUCAAGUUUCAAUCUCAUCCUAUCUAGUUCUAUGGAAGAUUUUCAGAGAUCAAAAUCUAUUGCAAAUGGCCCUCAAAUGAUGCAGCUAGAAAACUACUAUGGACCACCAAAACCUUAUGAUCUAAGAAGCUAUAGUUCUUCCUAUGUACAAACCUCUAAGGAUUUGAAGUUGAAGAAAGGUAAAAGCUUUUCAUCUGGUUCAUCUUUUUCUAAGUCUUUGAGUUUUGUAAAUGAUCCUGAAAUUCAGAGAAAGAAGAGAGUUGCUAGCUAUAAAAUGUAUUCUGUUGAAGGUAAAGUCAAAGGCUCUUUUAGAAAGAGUUUUAGAUGGCUUAAGAAUAAGUACUCAGAAGUUGUCUAUGGUUGGUAGAGAUUUAAUUGUUUUGAAAAUUUUAUUUGAAGUUUUUAUUAAGAAAUAUGAGUUGUGAUUUGUUUAGAAGAAUUGUAGAUGAAUUAUAUAUGGGUUAUAAUCGGUUUCUUGAUUUUGGCAAGGUUUAUGUUUAUACAUGUCAUAGAGUUACUUAAUUAUUGGGAAUUUUUUAGUUUUUUUUUGGAUUUCAAUUGUGUAUUCUCAUGUGUAAUCAUUUCAUUUGUUUGUAAUAUGUAUAAUCCUAAUAACCUCUUUAAUAACAUAACUAUGAUAUGUUCAUGAUCA